AUGGCUGGGGGUUUGCACCCCGGGGCUCACCUCUGCCUGUGCUGGGAAUGCAGGAUCCUGUGGCAAGGCAGAGGGGAUGCCCUGCCCGCCCGCCCCGGGAGGAACACCACUGCACCCAGCCUGCACCCACUGGAAUCCCAGCCCGCCUCGCUGCCCACGCUCACCCCAGUGAGCCCCCCAGCUGCCAGCAGACCGGCACCAGGGACAAAGCCGGUGGCCAAGGGAACCCCCUUACCCCUGGGGCUGAACUCGGUUAAAAUCCACUGCCAGAAUGAAGCCGUCUACCAAUACCACGUCACCUUCAGCCCCGAGGUGGAGUGCAGGAACAUGCGUUUCGCCAUGCUGAAGGAGCACCGGGCAGUGACGGGGGACGUGACGGCAUUCGAUGGCUCCAUCCUCUACCUGCCCAUCCUGCUCCCCCAGCAGGUCAGCAUGAAGGUUCAGAGGAGGAGCGACGGGGAGGAGAUCACCAUCACCAUCCAGAUAACCAAAAUCCUCGAGCCCAGCUCGGAUCUCUGCAUCCCCUUUUACAACGUGGUUUUCCGGAGGGCAAUGAGAAUCUUAGGUAUGAAGCUUGUUGGGAGAAAUUUCUAUGAACCUACCCAGGCCACCAUAUUACAUCAUCACAGGGUGCAGAUUUGGCCAGGAUACUCUGUCAGCAUCCGGAAGAAGGACGGUGGCCUCUUUCUCUUGGUCGAUGCUAUCCACAAAAUCAUCCGCAGCGAUUCCGUCCUGAAUUUCAUGCACGCCAUCUACAAGCAGAGCCUCAGCAGCUUCCAGGACGAGUGCAUCAAGCAGGUGGUGGGUAGCACGGUCAUCACCCGCUACAACAACCGCACCUACCGCAUCGACGAUAUCGACUGGAACAAGACCCCGAGGCACAGUUUCACCAUGGCCAGCGGCGAGGAGAUCACCUUCGUGGACUACUACAGCAAAGCCUACGGGAUCACUAUCAGGGAGCUGGACCAGCCGCUGCUCAUCCACAGGCCCAGGGAAAAACAGACGCCAGAGGGGAGGCGUCCUCUGGACAUGGUCCUGCUCGUGCCGGAGCUCACCUUCAUGACCGGCCUCCCCGAGUUAAGGAGGGACAGUCGCACGGUCAAGGAGGUGAUGCGGGAGGUGCUGCAGAGCCCCCAGCAGCACUACACACGUCUCACCAGCCUCCUGCGCAGGAUCAGGGACAGCCCCGAGGCCUCGCGGGAGCUGAUGCGCUGGGGGCUCAGCCUGGACACAGACAUCCACAGGACCCAGGGCCGAAUCCUGCCCAUGGAGAGGAUCAACCUGCGGCACGGCUCUUUCAUCCCCACCGAGGACCUGAGCUGGAACAAGGAGGUGACACGAGAAGCCUCCAUCUCGGCGAUCACUAUGAAUUACUGGUUGCUGGUUUACCCCAAGCGCCUGCAGGACCUGGUGAAGGAUUUGGUGGCCACCAUGAAGAACGUCUGUGGCCCCAUCGGCAUGCACAUCAGCCAGCCUGCCUUGGUCGAGCUGAAGGAUGACCGCAUCGAGACCUACAUCAAGACAAUCCGCAGCAUUUUGGGUAGCGAGGACAAGGUGCAGCUUCUCCUGUGCAUCAUCUCCAGCAAUCGGGAGGAUUUGUACGGGGCCAUCAAGAAGCUGUGCUGCGUGCAGAUCCCGGUGCCCUCCCAGGUCAUCAAUGUGCAGUCCCUCAUGGGCCAGCCGGGCAAGAUGAAGAGCGUGGUCCAGAAAGUCCUGCUGCAGAUAAACUGCAAGCUGGGCGGCGAGCUCUGGGGGGUCGACAUCCCCCUGAAACAGCUGAUGGUGAUCGGUAUGGACAUCUACCACAGCCACAGCAGAGGGACUCGCUCCGUCAUCGGCUUCGUGGCCAGCAUGAAUCACGUCCUCACCAAGUGGUACUCCAGGGUGGUUUUCCAAAUGCCCCACCAGGAGAUCGCCGACAGCCUCCGCCUCUGCCUGGCUGAUACCCUCCAGCACUUCCACGAGAUGAAUCACUGCUUGCCCCAAAAGAUAGUGUUGUACAGGGACGGCGUGUCCGACAGCCAGCUCAACACCGUGCUCAAGUACGAGAUCCCGCAGAUGCAGAAAUGUUUCGACGCUUUUGAGAACUACCAGCCCAGCAUGGUGGUGGUGGUGGUGCAGAAACAAAUCAGCACCAAUUUCUACACCCUGACAGCAGAGAAAUUUGCCUCCCCUCCUCCAGGGACCGUCAUUGACCACACUGUCACCAGCUCCGACUGGCAGGAUUUCUUUUUGUUGGCCCAUCACUCGCGCCAGGGCUGCGGUAUCCCCACGCGCUACGUCUGCGUGCUGAACACGGCCAACCUCAGCUUCGAGCACCUGCAGAGCUGGGUGAAAGUUGAGGUCCGGUUUGCCACCCUGGGUGUGCCCGCCUCAGUGUGGCUUUGGGAGAAACCCCACGUGUGGGGCUUUGGUUUUCUCAGUGUGUCGAUGAUUAACGUGGCCUCCCUGCUCGGAGUCUUCAUCGUACCGUGUACCGAGAAGGCCUUUUUCAGCCGGGUCCUCACGUUUUUCAUCGCGCUCUCCAUCGGCACGCUGCUCUCUAACGCGCUCUUCCAGCUCAUCCCAGAGGUGCGGUAG